CCAAGGAACAAAUACGAUGCACUUUUCAAUCUCAAGGCAUCGUUCUUUUAAAAAAAAAUCUGCCAUUCUCGAUGCCUCGAAGCUCUUAAUACAUCACGGUCGUUACUGAAGGGCCUGUUUAUAAACAAACCUGCCGGAGCAAAAGGCAGCAGGCUCUGAGCUGGUGUACAGUUUUAUGUUUUGUCGGAUGAAAAAUAAACGUAAAAGGUAUUAAUAUCACACCAAAAAAUGUCGUCCAACAUUGGAGCUACUUCAAUAAAUCCCGGAAAUGAAGAAGAUGACUCCAGAUGCCGCUUGUGUGCGAUGAUCAUCGGUGAGGACAGCAAACGGAUCAACAUGAAUGAAGAACAAGUGGAAGAAAUAGUCGAAGGACUGCUGGACAUUUCACAGGUCGAAAGUAAACGACUUUCCUGCAUCACGUUGGUGUGCUUACGGUGUUGGAAUGAAAUACAACACUUUAAAGCGUUUGUAGAACGAUGUCGGCGGGCGCAGGAGUUGCUGUUGGAAAAUAUCUUCAUCCGUGAAUGUCCAACACCCGAAGAUGACGAUGAGCUCGUCGACGAGGGGCAAGAGAGCAAGGAAAUCGACGUCAAGGAAUCGCAGCUUCUAAUCACCGCGAAUGAUGCUAAACCUUCGACUAGAACUGAAAAAUGUUUCGAGGAAAUUGAGCGUCACGUCAACCUGUUACUUCUUGAAAUUGAUGAGAAACAGAAUAAGAUCAGCUCCGCUACGUCGGUGCACGAGUGUUCGGAUUGUUUGGCCGAGUUCUUGUCACGCGAUAGUCUUCUCGAGCAUCGAAAAACUUGCGACAGGAACGGCAAUGAUGCGUCGAAUCGUACUGGAAUUCUUCGUUGCACUCUGUGUGACUUUACAAGCAUCUCUAGAGCGGCACUUGGUUUCCAUUUGCUGCGCUUGCACGGGGACAGUGAUAAGCUGCCGGUCAGCGGAUACAUCGACGAGGAUGAUGUCGUUUGUCCUAUCUGCGAAGAUUCAUUCACAAAUUUACAAGAGCUACGUUACCAUCUACCUUCCCAUUUGCAAAAUGCUGCAAAACCAUCCGGAUCCAAGGAGCCAGUGGCUGGCAGCAAACGGUGCACGAUCUGCAGUAAAGAUUUCCGCACCUGGUCGCUGUAUCGAGUGCACAUGAAGUACCAUCUCAAUCAGAAGGAUGUCAUUUGUGAAGGUUGUGGUAAGCGGUUCUACAGCAAGUCCGAUAUGCGCGAACAUUACGAGGCCGUACACGAGCAUAAGCGCUACGUUUGCAACAUCUGCGGUAUCCAUAUAAAGCUGAAAAGCAACAUUCGACGCCACCUUCGCUCGCACGAUGUCACGCAGCAGUUCAAAUGCGAUCAGUGUCCUAAACGGUUCGCUUGCCGUACCAACCUGCGCUACCAUCUCGAUGCCCAUCUCGGACGAAAGCGGUAUCCAUGUGAGAUCUGUGGGGAAGCCUUCCAGUAUACCUACGCACGUAACCAGCACCUGUUUCGAGCUCACGGUAUUCAAAUAGCUGGUGUAAAAAUACGGAAGGAACGGAAGCGACGUAUACCAACGACAGCUGAGUCGGACAGCAAGGAACCAAAGUCUAGCUCCAUCUGCUCAGCAGCAGCCAAUGUUGGUAAGAUAAGGGAAUCCGUGCCACAUACCGUCACAUACGCGGAGAAUGAUGAUCUUAUUGAGUAUGCACCCGAGUCACCAACAACUUGACAAAUCUGAUGAUCCCUGAGCUACUAGGCUUACAGUUGCAAAUCAAUUCAAAAAUGGUCUUGGCUAUUGGCUUCCAAUUUGAAAAGGAUUACACAAACAACGAUCGAAAUAUUAUCUCCACGAUCGUUUGAAAGCAGCAUUAUAGAAAAUCCCACUAUCUGUCUAUUUGGUAAAUUCCCAAUCAAACUCUUCCAGAUCCAUACAUCCUUAUACAAUUACAGCUCUCUCAAUAACAGAAGCAAAGAUACUACGGCCUGAAUAUGUAAGGACUGCCAAGGAACCUAAACCUGUGAUAGCACUGAACACAGUUUAGCUUCUAAGUUAAUUUAAGCUCUUGUUUGAAUUCUGAUUGUAAUUGAAUGAAGAUGUUCGUUACGACCAAAACUAUG